GCGUGAAGACGGAGCAGCUGCGCGCCCAGGGGCCAUGAGCCUGGGGGUCAAGCGGCGGCGACAGCGGAAGGAGCUCUACUCAUUCGAGCCGGAGCGCAAACGAAUCUAUAAAGGUUUGGAGACUCCUUCACCAGAGAUUUUGUGCCACCUACCAAGAAAGUGUCCUGUGGAUUACUGGGAUAUGGAGCAGGAUUUGAAGCAGGAAAGACUCACUGAGGAAUUUAGUCCUCAGAUUAUGAAAGAAAAGCCAAAUUCCAUGAUAUUUCCGGAUAAUGAAACCAUAACUACUGCCCAGCCUUGCCCAAGAUGUAUUGCUGGAGAACCUGGGCACCUUGGCCAUAUUAUGAAUUUAUAGAACAUCAGGGGACAUGGAUGCUCCUUUUUUGAAUAGCCAGAUUUCUCUGCAUCCCUGAGAAAGAUUUGGGUAUGGGUUGCAGUGUAAAAGAUGUCUGAUUUCUUUUUAUGUCAACAUUUACCAUAUUUCAAACUUUCACAGCAACAAUCAAGGAUAAACAAAUAGGUAUGAUUUUUCCCCCCACAUCAUUUCACGUUUCUGUCUUUGUAGCUCAUUUGUGAACUUAGGAUAUUCUUACAAAAAUUCCAUCCCUGUCCAGUGGACCAAGCCACCUAGCAGACCCCAUAUGGAUCUACCUCCCUCUGUCAGCUCUACAAGCCAUUCCUUAGCAGACAACUGGGAAUUCUUCCUGUCCUUGUGUCACUCAUUUACUGAAUUGCAGUAAUAAUAUGUAUGCUAAUCAUUCUGUAAGGUCCUGUUACACUAUAAGCAAUCAGAUGUACAAAUUACCAUGUGAAAAGAAGAAAAUUGCAUCUUUAAUGUUACAGCAAAACUGGACAUUUUCCCUCUCCUAUCUAAAGGAGUGAAAUAAAAGAUUUAUUUAUCUUGCA